CACAGGUAUGGCCUUCAUUACAUAUAUUUUACUGGCUGGAAUGGCCCUCGGAAUACAGAAAAGGUUUUCCCCAGAGGUCCUUGGGAUGUGCGCCAGCACGGCCUUCGUGUGGAUGGUGAUUGAAGUUCUUGCCCUUCUCCUGGGUCUCUACCUUGCUACGGUCCAAAGUGAUUUGGGCACGUUUGAUCUUCUGGCUUACUGCGGCUACAAAUACGUUGGGAUGAUCCUCACUGUGGUCGGGGGCUUGGUGUUUGGCCUCAAUGGUUACUACAUCAGUCUGGCGUGGGCCUCCUGUUCUCUUAUGUAUUUCAUGGUUCGCUCUUUACGGAUGAAGAUCCUGACUUCCGUGGUGCAAGAUGGACUGAGCCGGACCACCGGCCGGGCGCAGAUGUACAUCACACUAGGCGCCGCUGCCUUCCAGCCGUUAGUUUUGUACUGGUUGACGGCCCAGUUGGUGCAUUAAACGGAGGAGAUGAGACUUUGGGGGCGGCGCAAUUCCUCCCUUUUUUUUUUUUUUUUUCCUGUUUUGGUUCACAUCCCCUCCUCCCAAAUUUCACCACUUCCCCUAGUUCUGUCUCUGCCCCCCCCCCCCCCCCAAAUUCCAGUGUGGGAGGGGGUUCUCCACGGAGAAGGACAAGUGGGGAUCUGUCCCCUUUUUGGAAGAAUGAAGUGAAAGGCAGCGGGUCCAUUCGCACUCGGGACUCCCUCCCAGGAGCAGCGGAGGCAGGCCAGCUGUCCGAGUUGACUGCUUGUCCACAACUCCGAAAAUCUGUAGAUUUGCGGUCUUACUGGUAUCUUACUGGGUAGAUUCGGGGUCCUACUGGUAGAGGCAGUUCUGCUGUUGGGGAUUUUACUUGAGUUGGAUGAAUUUGGAUCCUUCCUCGCGCAAAAUUUACAGGUUUUCUAUUCCUGUGGUGUAUCUAGAACGGUGUUUCUUGGUUGCUUGGGGUGGACUUCCAACUCCCAGGUAUUCCCCUGCCAACUAUCGAAGAUGGAUGGACUUCAAGUCCCAGCAUCCCCUGCCGGCUGAGGAAUUCCGGGAGUCGUAAUCCACCCAUCAUCGAAGCGGCUUAAGGUUGAGAAGCAUCGAUCUAGAAAACGUCCAGUUAUUUUUCAACCUUGGUUGCUUGUGAGAUGGAUGGGCUUCAACUCCCAGAAUUCCAUGCUGGCUGGGGAAUUCUGGGAUUUGAAGUCCAGCUACUUUCCAAACAGACCAGGAUUAAGAUGCACCGAUCUAUAAAAAUCCAGUUUUUCUCCAUCUUGGCUGCUUUGCAGGCGGAUGGACUUCAACUCCCAGAAUUGCCCAGCCAGCCUGCUUGAAGAUGGCUGAACUCCCAAGUCCCGGCAUCCCCUGCUGGCUGAGGAAUUCUGGGAGUCGUAGUCCAACCAUCUUCCAUAAUUGGAAAAGUCCCAGUCUAGAACAAAUCCAGUUUGGUUCCGUGUUUCCGGGAAGCAACAAAGAUGGAUAGGUAGACGGGAGGGAAAAAAAAUAUUUUAAAAUUUGAAGUGUUAAAAAAAAAAAAAAAGAGUUUUGAGUCUGACUCUCCUGUGAGAAAGAGGAAGAGAAUCCGUUUUUGGUUUCCUUACAAUCACUUCCGUGAGAGAUGUUUGGUUUUCUUGCAAGCAUGAUAAAAAGUAUAAAACUCUGCGACGGGCAGAACCAAAUUUGUGAAGGUGUGUUCUGUAUGUAUUUUCUUUUUAAGAUCAUUUCCUCCGCAGUGGCUGAAUUUUAUUCCCCCCCCAGCGUUCCCCAAACAGGAUUCCAGUUUUUCCCACGUUUGAUCACCCCGGGAAAGGAUCUGAGUUCAGGUCAUCCGUGAUUUAAAACGGCCACAAUUGAACUCCAGAUUUCUGUUGUGGAAGCGAGACGUGCGUGAAGUGAGUUUGGACCCAUGUUACAACCUUUCUUGCAUGAUGGGCUUAACGACCGCAGCGAAAAGGGGUGAAGUCGAGCGUGAUUCAUUGAACGACCGCAGUGCCUUGGCCACAACAGUGCCUUUCCCAACCACAGUCGUUAAGUUAAGGACUUCCUAUAAUCCUUUCGAAGGUUUGAGGAAUACAGCUCUCUCCUCAUCCCGUCCCCCUGGUGCCAGGAUGAUGGGAUCUGUAGUCCAAAAGCAGCAGAAGGAAACUGGAUAGGCACUUAAUCAGAAAUAGUACAGGUGUCCUGUGAGAGCGGGGGGAUGGACUUGAUGACCUCCAAGGCCCCUUCCAAUUCUGUUAACUAUUAUAGGCCGAGAUUAUUAGUAGGCGGCUCAUUGGCAGCAGAGGGCAG